AUGGCUACGAUGAGGACUUGUUCGUGGCGUGUUCACGCCUUGCGCGCCCUGGCGUUCCCUCUCGCCGUCAGCGGGCUAUACACGGGCGGUGGUCUUACGAUUCUCUCGGAGAAUAACCUGGACUCCGCACCGACAAACGGCUCCUCCGCCAUCCUCGUCAGCCAGAAGAGCACCUACGGCGAGGCAUCCCGGUCCUGCGCCCUCCUCGGCGAGACCCUCUGGGACCCGGACGCCGCGUCCUUCGCCGCCGCCCUCAACGCCUCGCUGUCCUACCAGGUCUACCAGGGCCGCGCGGCGAGCGACACGCUGUACUGGAUCGCCCGUAGCAGCAGCAGCAGCAACGGCACGUGCCGCGCCAUCAGCCCGCGGGGCAGCGUGAGGUCCGACGUCGUCUGCGCCAGCGAGCUGCCCGCGCUGUGCACGCAGUCGGCGCCGCUGUCCAACUCGUCCACGGCCGACUCCUCGGAGAGGUGGCGCGUGGCGCUGCCCGUCGCCGGGUACCGCAUGACGGGGUACCGGGACGCGCACGCGUUCAAGUUCCGCGGCGUCCGGUACGCCGAGCGGCCGGCGCGGUUCGCGUACGCGCGCGUCCGGAAAGGGGCGGAGGAGGCGCCCGGCGCCGAGGUCCUGGCCGUCGAGGCGGGCGCCGACUGCGUGCAGCCCGUGGGCGAGGUCAAGAGCGGGAGCAGCGAGGACUGUCUGUUUAUGAAUAUCUGGACGAGCAGCCUGCCGGAGCCGGGGGAGAACGGCACGGCGGCGGCGGCAGGCUCGUCGAAGCUCAAGCCCGUCAUGCUGUACCUCUACGGCGGCGGCUUCACGAGCGGGUCCGGCAAGAACACCAACACGGACGGGACGAACCUCGCCAGCAGGGGCGACGUCGUGGCCGUGUCGGUCAACUACCGCGUCGGCAACGCCGGGUUCCUGGCCUUCGCGGACGGCAUCCACAGGGGCAACUACGGCCUGAGCGACAUGGUCGCGGCGCUCGAGUGGGUGCGCGACAACGUCGCCUUCUUCGGCGGCGACCCGGCGCGGGUGACGCUGUUUGGCGAGUCCGCCGGCGCGCAGGCCACGCGCAUGAUGCUCGGCAGCCCCCGGGCCCGCGGCCUGUUCCACCGCGCGAUCAUGAUGUCCGACCCCGUCGGGUGGCCGAGCGGGGGCAAGUUCCGGUACGCGCGGUACCCUACCCCCGAGCAGGCGUACGAGGACCAGACGGUGAAAGUGUUGGAGGCGGCGGGGUGCAAGGGUGCGGAGGAUGAGAUUGGUUGCCUUGCUAAGAUUGAUGGGUUCGAUCUUGUGAAUCUCGAUCCGAAUGUCAACACCGCCGUCGAAGACGGCGUCUACCUAGACUCCCCCGAGACAGUCGUCAACCAGACCAACCACCCGCCGCCGGCGGGCAUCGCUGUCAUGACGGGCACCAACCGCGACGAGUCGGCCAUCGACAUGCCCGACUUCCCCGCCGCCAACGACACACUGGGCUCCUACCUGCGCGACCACGUCCUCGGGCGGCUGGGCAUGUCCAACGCCAACAUCUCGGCCUGCAGCCCCGCCAUCAGGCCCUUCCUGCCGCCCGGCGUGAAGCAGGGCGACAAGCUGACCCCCGCGCAGAUCUACAACGUCUCCGUCGCGCUGGUGACGGAGGGCGUGUUCGCGUGCCUCGACAACGCCAAGGCCUACUCCGCCGCGCGGCACCGCGCCUUCGGCGGCGACGUCUACAGCUACGUGUUCAACCGGACGUACAGCCCGCGGGGCUACACGACGGCCUACUGCGACCCGCCCAAGACUGCCGCGCGGCCCGACGGCGACCCGGAUCUCGAGUACUUCAAGUGCCACGCCGGCGAGCAGAUGGUCGUGUUCGGCACGGAGAGGCGCGCCGGCGCGCCCGACAGGGACGGCCUGGACGGGCCGUUCAUGAGGCUCGUCGGCGAGUACUGGACCGCCUUCGCGCGGACGGGGGAUCCCAACCCGGACCCGGAGUAUCUACGGGCCAGGGGCCGGGGCCGCUUCAUCGGGAGAGACCUUGAGGGUCCCCUCAAUAUGGACGGCGUCAAGAUGGGAUUAUUGCAGGUCGCUGCCAAGAUGCAGGAGCUUCUUAUCAUUGCGAGUCUUACAACUGUAAUUCUACACGUUUUACGGGCUCAGUUAGCUUCCGGAGACGGUGUGCCACUGGGUUGGCUAGCUUCGGACAAGGCGUUCACACAGAUAAGGUCCAUUUUUGAUUCUUCUAGUUACUUCUGGUCCCCGGACUUCUGGGGAGGCCUGCUGGCUUAUCGAGGCCAUCGAUGGAAAAGAAACCUGCCAGUCAUCGUGCUACUCGGGGUAGGAGGAAUCAUAGCCGCACUCGCAGGGCCAGCUAGUGCUAUUCUCAUGAUCCCUAGAGUGAUGGAAUGGCCUGCCGGGGGGAUGGUUUACUGGCUUAAUGGAAGCGAAGCCCAGAUCUGGCCAACAAGACUCGACGCCCAUUACUUGGAAGGCUACAACUGCUCGUCGGACUACUCCAGAAUCCACAACUAUAAAUGCCCAUCGUCCGGCUUCACUGCCCUGCGUGCUCACUUGUGGACAUGGUGGCAGUUCCCUGAGCGGCCUUACCAGGUCACCCUCCAGGAUGAAACGAUGCGGAAAGUUUUCUACGUUGUCGCCGAUCAACAAUUAGACAAAGAUACCUGGGUCUAUACAACGCACGGCCCUUCUGCGAACAUGCUAGAUGCCUCGGUUCAUUUCUACAAGGUAGCGCUUAGGAUGCUCCGAGACCAAUCCCAGACAGGUCGGCCGGCGUAUCCAAGGUCACUCGAUCUAGCAAAGGUCAAGUCUUUCGAGGUGGACAUGAAACUCCCUGUGGUCAGGACAAGCUGUGUACGUCACUGGAAUGUCUCGAUCGAAUAUGCAGCAACCAACAUGACCUUCCCUGUGUUGGAGCAAUUCUCCUUGUACCGUCGGACUCGGGCCAAUAAAACCGUUGCUGUCACGGCAAACGUUCAGCAGGCCUUCAAGGAACGGGGGUUGGGGGUAGUAAAUGGCAGCAUAUUCUCUCUCAAGCCUCGCGAGUUCAAUCUAUUUGUCAUCCCUAUUGAUAUUGACGCUGGAGAUGCAAGCUCACUGGGCUUGAUAUUACUGGCCGGCUCAAACGGGACAGACAUGUCGCCAGUGACAUGCACCGUGGACGCACGCUGGGGCAGAGGCCAAUCCAUCAUCGAUGCAAGACUGGAAGGCGAUGAAUUGCAGUCCCACGAGUUCACGAGCAACAGGUUGCGCAACGUUGUCAAAGCGCAGCUUGCCAAUGACAAUAAUAUCGACCAGGCAUCCCCUUCAUGGCACCCCAGGAACGAUGGUGCAUGGGAUCAUAUAAGCCUGCACCCAAACUGGUACGACCUGUUGUCGCCGAGUGUGUCGGAUGCUUCGCUUGCGGAGGACAGUGCCGCAAGAGGUCAUUCCAGCUCACCCAACGAAGUCACGCUACUUGAACGGCUGCUCUCGAGAACGCCGUAUCCGACAGUGGACAAAAACAAUGAAUUUGAUGCGGGAGUUAGGCUGACGAGCAUGGAAAUCACCAUCUCCAUGUUCCUAGCCGAUGGACUGUCCCGGGUUGGCUGGCAGCUGCAGCGGGAUACCCAGAACCUCUUUCCGCCCUGGGUCAAGAAGUGGACCGAGAUGCCAGAACACCUGGCGUGGAAGAUAGUCCGCAUCGGGCCGCCGGUCGAGUCUUUCUCGCUGCCGGAAGUGCUGCAGGACCACGACUCGAUGCGCACCGAGAUGCACGCGGUAUUCACGGGCUACGUCAUGGCUCUGAAAACCUGGUUUGAUUAUAUUGCCGUGGUGUUGCUCUUGCUGCACGCGCUGAUCGCCCUUCUUCAUACCAUUUGGGGACUUUGGAAGUCUCGGGCGAGCGAGGCUUGGGACUCUAUACUGGAGCUGCUGGUUUUGUCGCAGCAGUCUGCCCCGGUAAGGUCUGGAGAAUUGGACAACACCUGCGCAGGCAUCGCCUCAUUGAAGACUAUGGGAUUGAUUGCCACUGUGGAGGCCGUGGAACCAUCAAUGGCGGCCGGAGAGGGGAGAGAAGAGCUGCAACUGGCGUUCAACCCCAAGUGGCAGAAGAGGACCGUGGACAGUGUUGAAGGCAAGACGCACGGAGUGCGGUGCUAUGAGUUUGGUCGAUAG